AAUUUCUCAACCUUCAUUCAUUUUCAUUCUCUACUUUCAUUCCUUUCUCUACCUUCCUUCAUUUCUCUACUUUCAUUUGCUAUUUACCUCUCCCGAUUCCCUCUCGCAUUUCACCAUCAUUCGAUCAUGACAAAACUAUUUUGCAUCCUUGAUGGUAAUUCAACCCCCUUCUCAGUUGUUGUUUCGCCGGACGACACAGUUGAUGAUCUCAAAAAAGCAAUCAAGAAGGAAAAAGAAAACGACUUCCGAGAGAUUGAUGCCGACAAAUUGAAUCUCUUCCACGUCUCUGUUCCUGAUGAGGGCGCUACAAUCAAUCUCGCCAAUAUUGAAUCAAAGGAGCUACUCACCAGAGCAACAAGCAAGAUCUCAAAGAUAUUCGGCAUAUCGCCUCUGCCUGAGGAGACUAUCAACGUCAUUAUUCAGCGGCCAUCACAAGGAUCCUUUGCAGGUCCAAGAGCUUUAGAACUAAAUGAUGAGGAUGAGAGACUCUGGCUUGAGAGAAUCAAGAAGGAAUUCUUCCAGGGAAAGGUCAAGCAAUUCCUAGAAUCAUACGCCAAUGGUGACCUUAAACUUCCACUGACUGGGGGAGUUGUGUCAGGUCUUCCGAAAGUCCCUAGGAGAGGAACGCCAAGCGAGAAAAAAGAAUGGCCAAGUCUUCUUCUCCUUAGCCCAUCGACAUCUCUCAAUAACACUAUAUACCAUCCAUGUGAAGAGGCAAUCAAAAAAAUUUAUGAAGAUGAUCCUCGUCAACUAUCAUUGUUUGGAGUUAGUGGUUGCGGGAAGACCAGGACUGUCAUCGAGAUUCUUUCCCAGAAAUGGGGCAUCUAUUUGAACGCCAGCAGCACCGAUAGAGGAUCCAAUGACUUGACAUCGCUUGCUAAGUUUAUGCAAGAGGCAAAUUUGGAACGGUUAUAUAAUAAUCAAGAUAAGGCAGAAAAUGGCCUUAACACACAAGCAAUCACGCACUGCCUACUCCUGUCAAGACUACUGAUCUUCCAACACUGUCUGGGAUUGAACAAAAACCUAACUUGUGAAAGCUUGAUGCUCUUGCAGGUUUGCCCCUCAGCUUUCAGCAAGGAGGUACCCGAUAUUUUUGACAAGCUUUUCAAUACUAUAGCCGCAAGCUUCCACAGGGGAGGUGUUGGAAGAGGGAACGUAUGCCGUGUCGUUCAAAAAGCUUUUGAACAAGUUCAAAGUCAACUGAAUCCAUCGACCAAAAUUCUGAUUGUAGUUGAUGAGGCUCAGAAUUUCAGCCGAGUAUUUGAGAAACGAUUCCAAUCGAACCUACCCGAUAGCAGACCGAGGCCAUUACUAUCGCCUGUAGUCCAUGGCCUUGAAACAGUAACCACGGAUUCGCAACAUGUUUGUAUCAUUCCGUGUGGGACUGGCCUUAGUCUUAAUGACCUUCAAUGGUUGGAGGAUUCUGGCGCAGAAGCCAAAGGUACCAAGGAACCGGAUGGAGGUCAAUCCUAUCGUAUCACCAAUUUUUCUGGAUGGAGUAGUAUAGCACAAAUCACCGAAUACUUAGAGCGUCUUAAAGAUCAAGUGACUACAGGUCGUGAAAAAAUCGAUGAAAUGAUACCGCCAGCUGCAGUCGAUACGAUGUACCGACUCCUCCGAGGCCGAUUCCGACCCAUUAUCAGCGUGAUCGAGGGAACUAUAUGGAAGCACAAUGCGAUCGAGGAGACUAAAAGGGAGCAAAAUGAGCCAGGAUCUCAAGAAGAGCCAAUCUGGAUGAAGGAGAUAAAGGACGUGCAACAAAGGCUAACAACUUGCCCUGAUGAUUUGAACCAGAGGAAAAGGGGGAACUUAUGCUCUGACUUUCAUCACGCUAUGAAGGCGCUUAAUGUGGAGAAAUCUGAGAUGCUCUAUCUCGUCAAAGUAGCACUUGUUCGCAUGGUGUUAUUUGGAGUACAAACUGUUAUCGCUAAGGAACUUCCCCAACUUGUAGAAUCGGCGCUUGGUAGGAUGGAGUUUAUCAAGUCAAAAUCGCCAGAAUAUCGUACAGUGAUCGACGAACCAUUUGUGUUUCUUGCAGUCCACAAUUACUUUCAAAAAUCAGACCCUGGAUUUCACAACAUGAUAGUUACCUUUUGGACAUUCACUAAAGACCCCAAAAUACAUGGAAAAUUUUGGGAGUGUCAAGUUCCUUUGAGCUUGAUCAACAUCUUCCACAACAAGACGCUUGCGAAAAAGAUGUUUCCAAAAAAUGCACCUCUGGAUCUGGUUGAUCACGAAGCCACCAUAGUUGGAUGGAAAAAAUCCCGCAUUGGAGCUGAUUGCAGUGACUUGACUAUGGAGCAAUUCUUGGAGGCCCAUUUCGACCAUGAUUCGAGGAUUGAUAAAAGAGAGAUUCCUCCAUUUUAUUUCCCCACGGACGAAAUCACUGGUCCAGACAUUGUGUUUAUUCUCAAGAUCAACAAAAAGAUGUACCCCGUAUUUGUCCAGCUCAAAUUCGUGAAGAAGCUUGAUGGUAUGAAAGCAGCACACGCCUUAGAGACAAUUAGCCGCGACGCGAUCAAUGUACACCAUUUGCCCAACUUUGACCGCUUUUGCCCUCCGAAUGAAAGGUAUCUUAGCUUGUUGUUAAUGUAUCCUGGAAAAUUGUCAGAUAAAAAUAAGACCAUGCAUCCCCCAGAUUCAAGGCAGGCUCUAAUGGUGAUAGAUGAGGGCAACAUUGCCGAAUACUUUCAUGAGAACGAGAUUGAGCUAUUGGAUUCCAUCAAGAGAAGUGGAGAGGCAAUUGAGCAUGGAAGAGAAAAGAAGAUCAAAUCCAACGAGCAAGAAUCGUCCUUAACACUGCAAGAUGGCGACUAAUUGUUUUCAGAAAAUAAAAAAAGCUUAUUCAUUCAC